GAAACUUAAUGAUCCAAGUCUAGAUCUGAGAGUAAACUUAAAUGACAGAAAUAAAGAACGUAUAGGGCCGACAUAAAGUAACUGUCUGCCGUCUCGUCAUUGCUUCCUUUGUCAUAUUUCUUCACAUUAUGGACAAGUUUUUCACGAAUCUGAUUUGCUGCUGGGUUUAUCUACUAGUUUCAGAUCUCUUGCCAGUAUUUGCCGCACAAGUGUGUCCACAAGGCAAGUUUUGGAACUCCGAGAUAGAUAACUGUGAUGAUUGCUCGAUAAUCUGCAAACCGGACAUUCCAGCAUACAUGCAGGCGUGUAAGAAAAGGUGCGCCUCCGUUUUCGCCGAUUUACAAAGAACCACCACUACCACUACCUCGCCAAUCACGUCGUCUUUCGAAUCAAUCACACUAAAAGUUGUCACAAACCGAAACGACAGUCCAGCGGAAGUCGACUUAUCCGGAAAUGUACCAGUCUGGGCCAUCGCAACAAUAUGCAUAACGGUGAUCCUCUUCAUUGUUGUCGUCGCCUCCUGCAUUAUAAAGAAUAAGUUAAACAAGUCAUCGAAGUCAUCAGGAACAACCGCCGCUACUCAAGAGGAGACGUCCGCGAGCACGUCCAACACCAGCGUCAGCAUUUCUGUAGAGGCCGACCAAGUAUCUGAAGGCAAUAUCACAGCCAGUGGAGAAUCAGUCUCAUUAUCAUCGGAUCUGGAAGCUGGUGACACGCUCCUCCCUGGCAGUCCAUAAUUUGUGCAGUGGACAUUUGGAAGAGAUUUUUUCGAUGCAAACUUCAUUGCGUGAUUUAUACUGUGAUAUAAAGACGGUGUUCCAUACAUUUGCCAUAAAAUUAACACUGACAUUGAGCGUACAAUGUAAAUAUCAUCAUCACUAAAAUUCAAGAUCGCAAAUUGUGGUUUGCUGGGAUCCAAUCAUUUCUCUCACAUUAAAAAAAGUACAAUUUAAUUUCAUUAUU